AUGAAGGUGCUGCUGAGUGUCGCGGUGAUUGCAGCGACCUUGUCGGCUGCUUCUGCUGCCAAAACUUGUGACCAGUGGGGCCAGACAAAGUCGGGCGACUACAUUAUCUACAACAACCUGUGGGGAUCCAGCGCGGCUACGGAAGGCGGGAAGCAGUGUACCGGCCUUGAUAGCGCUUCUGGUGACACCGUCGCGUGGCAAACGACGUGGACGUGGAAUGGCGGAAACACGAGCGUCAAGUCUUACGCGAAUGCCGCGCUGACUUUUGAUGCCGUCCCUCUAACUGAGGUGACGUCCGUUCCGUCGUUGAUUGAGUUCGAGGUCAAGUACAGCGGGACAGUCGUAGCCAAUGUCGCCUACGACUUGUUUACCAGCUCGAAACCCGAUGGCGAGAAGGAAUUCGAGAUCAUGAUUUGGCUGGCUGCCAUUGGCGGUGCUGGCCCCAUUUCGAGCACGGGCAAGCCGAUCGAUGAGGGGGUUGCGAUCGAAGGCACGGACUGGAACGUCUUUAGUGGACCGAACGGAGAAAUGAUGGUGUACUCGUUCGUUGCGUCGACGCCGGGCAAGGGCUUUGAUGGCGACCUCUUGGCGUUCUUUACGUACCUGGAAAAGAGUCAGAAGUUCGACAUGAGCCAGUACCUGAUCAAGGUGGAGUGUGGUACGGAGCCGUUCGUCGGCACAGACGUGACGCUGAAGGUGUCGAAGUACUCGGCUGCUGUUGAGACGGGCAAAGGCGGCUCGUCCGCACCUGCUGCUGCUGGGUCAAGCCUUGGCGACUCACCAGUGUCGCAGGAGGAGGAGACUGGGGCUAGCUCUGAGAAGGAAGUGGAGGAGGGUACGCCGGUGCCGGAUGACAACGCCACGAAAGGGUCCCCGGAGGAAGAGGUGACUGGGCCCGGGCCGGAGGAAGAGGAAGAGACACCGGACUUGGGUGGCGGGUCGACUACAGGUGAAGAGGAACCGGCUGAGACACCGGACCCAGCGCUAUCCCCGGCGGUUGAGACCCCUCCUGCGUCGAGCGAAGAUCCCUCGUUGCCCGACACCCCGAUCCUGAAAACCAAGUGCAUCGUCCGCCGCGACUAA